AUUGGAGUUUGUAUACUAGGCUUCCUACGUACUAUCUAAAUUUUGGCAAUUAUGUUGUUAUCCAAUUAGUUUUUUUUUUUUGGAAGAUAUAAAUGGUUUUUGUUGAGGCUUUUCAGAGAGUAUUAGAAAGACCCACAAUGGUGGGAGUUUGUACAGGAAUGAUUAUGUUUUUGGUUCCUAUUUGGGUUGCGUUUAUUGUCGGAGUUAUGGUUGGAUGGGCGUGGAAACCCAAAUGGGCAAGCUUUGGAAACGACAAUAAUUUGGACUUUUCUUCUUCUCCUUCAAAAUCCUUGGACAAGAAGAACUUAUCUUUAUCUUCCACACCAACGGAUAAGCCUUCCGGUUUUAAUAAUUACAGCACAUUGCAUAUUGAUGAAGGGAAUUCGAGUGUUGUGACUGAGGAGGAUUUGGAACAUCUUUGCCUGCUUGUGGAGAUGAAAGAUGGAGGUCCUACAUGGAUAGAAAUGAUGGACCGUUCCACGCCAACUAUGCGCUACAAAGGAUGGCGAAGAGAUCCCAAGACUGGUCCUCCUCAAUAUCGUAGCAGCACUAUCUUUGAGAAUGCCAUGCCUGAAAUAGUUAGGGAUUUUUUCUGGGAUGACCAUUUUCGAUCAAAGUGGGACGACAUGCUUGCAUAUUCGGAAACUAUAAGUGAAUGUCCAACCACAGGAACAAUGGUUGUUCAGUGGAUAAGGAAGUUUCCAUUUUUCUGCAAAGACAGAGAAUACAUAAUAGGUCGUCGGAUAUGGGAAUCAGGAAGGUCGUAUUACUGCAUAACAAAGGGAGUGCCAUGUCCUUCAAUCCCGAGGCACGAUAAACCAAGACGAGUUGAUCUGUACUACUCGAGUUGGUGUGUCCGAGCAGUGGAAUCUACAAGCGGUGAUGGGCAACUGAGCGCCUGCGAAGUGCUACUCUUUCAUCAUGAAGACAUGGGAAUUCCAUGGGAAAUCGCAAAGCUUGGAGUCAGGAAAGGGAUGUGGGGCACUGUCAAGAAGAUUGAGCCUGGUUUGAGGGCGUACCAGAAAGAGAGAGCAUCAGGAGCUCCACUUUCUCGGCCGGCUUUUAUGGCCAGUAUCAACACCAAAAUAAAUCCACACUACAUGAGAUCCUUGGGUGACAUUACCGACAAUUCGUUAGAGACACAAGUGGAAAAGGCGUCUGAAAAACCGCGGAGAAGGAACAUACCAAAAGUCUUAAUUGUGAGUGGAGCAAUUAUCCUGGCUUGUACUCUUGAUCAAGGGCUCUUGACCAAGGCAGUUAUAUUUGGUGUGGCCAGAAGGCUUGCAAAUGUGGGCAAGAGAUUGUGAUAAUGAUAUGGAAAAAACUAUGUAGAGAGAACAUGUGAAACUGGUUUCGUUUGAUUAACAUGUGAAUCUGUUACGUGCAGAGUAUGAGUGCGUAUGGUUGUAUAUACUCAAAUCAGAAUUUUUCUUUAGGAUUUUACAUCUACCAAAUUCUCAACUACUUAGAGGAUUUCAAUCAACAACUUCUUACAGGAUUUCAAUCAAUCUCCCU